CGAGGCAGAGGUGGCAGCGCCUCCCAUAACCCUGCAGCGACGCAUUCCGGCCGUUGUGAAAGCUUUGCCCCUUUAUUCUUCGGGGCUUUAAAGCACCCAAAACUUAUCAAAACGGUACCGUUUUGGGUUUAUUUUUUUAUUUUAUUUGAACGGUUUUGGACUAAAAAGAUAAAUUGAUAAGUUAGGCGACUUGACAAUAAAAUUUCUAAUAAUCAGAUAACUGUUUAUGUAAUUUACAUUAAAGUAAAAAUGGAGAUUAAAAAAAUAGCACAAGUACCAAAGUGCCAAAAGAGUUUAAGCACAGAAUUAAGGGUUCUGAAGGCAUCUGGACGUAACCUCUAACUUAACCCGACCCGCGAUCGCUUUUUCCGCGAACCUUAUUUCUACAUAUUCUUGAAUCUUCCGUCGAUUCCGAUAACCCUAGAAGGAGCACUUCAUUCUUCAAGUUUAGCAAUGGAGAUGAAGUCGAAGACACUACUCAUACUAUACGCAACUCAGACGGGAAACGCAUUAGAUGUAGCCGAGCGUAUUGCACGAGAAGCUGAGCGAAGAGCCUGCACCGUCGUUAUUCGUUCAACCGACGAUUAUGAUGCUGUAAGUUAUCUCUUCCUUUUUCUUUUUCCAUUUAAAAUUAUUUUUCUGAGUAACUUACUUGAUACUGUUUUGCAGAAUUCGUUGCCUGCUGAAGACACUGUCAUUUUUGUUGUUUCUACCACAGGCCAAGGGGAUACUCCAGAUUCUAUGAAGGUAUUUUGGAGGUUUCUUCUGCAAAGAAAUCUUGGCAGCCAUUGGUUGGAAGGAAUUCACUAUGCAGUGUUUGGAUUAGGAGAUUCAGGGUACCAAAAAUAUAAUUUUGUUGCAAAGAAGCUUGAUAAAAGACUUUCAGACCUUGGGGCUACAGCUGUUGUUGAGAGAGGUUUGGGAGAUGAUCAGCAUCCUUCAGGGUAUGAAGCUGCCUUAGAUCCUUGGUUAUCAUCAUUUUGGAGUAGGUUAAAUGAGAUCAAGCCCCAUUUCUUUCCAAAAGGUCCAGAUUUUUUGGUUUCAAAUGAGGAAUUAAUUGGCCUGCCGAAAUUUCAAGUCACUUAUCAUAAUGUCGAUGACAUUGAUUCCCGAUUAUCAACUGCAACAGAUUUUAAAUACCUUCAGAUGCAAAUUGGGAGGGCUCGUUCAAUGUCUUCCGGAAAAGUUCCUCAUGAGAAAUGCAAGCCUGAUGCCUUUCUCAAAAUGGUGAAAAAUUUCCCAUUGACCAGAGCAAGCCACGAAAAAGAUGUGCGUCACUUUGAAUUUGAAUUUGUUUCUCAGGUGAUUAAAUAUGAAAUUGGUGAUGUUCUAGAGGUUCUCCCUUCACAGAGUCCUGCAGCAGUUGAUUCUUUCAUACAGCGCUGUAAUUUGGAUCCUGAAUCAUUAAUAACAGUCCAUCCUAGAGAAAUGGAAAACCGCCAUAUUGACAACAAUGUAAAUACUUUGGAUGUACCCAUUAAAUUAAGAACUUUUGUGGAACUGACAAUGGAUGUCACAUCUGCUUCUCCCAGGCGCUAUUUCUUCGAGGUGAUGAGCUUCUUUGCCACUGCUGAACAUGAGAAAGAAAGACUCCAGUAUUUUGCUUCACCUGAAGGAAGAGAUGAUCUUUAUCAGUACAACCAGAAGGAAAGAAGAACUGUUCUGGAGGUAUUGGAGGAUUUCCCUUCUGUGCAAAUGCCAUUUGAGUGGUUUGUGCAAUUGGCUCCACCACUGAAAAACAGAGCUUUCUCCAUUUCUUCUUCCCCUUUGGCUCACCCAACUCAAGUGCAUUUGACUGUGGAUGUCGUGUCAUGGACAACACCUUUCAAGCGGAAAAGACAAGGCCUCUGCUCAACAUGGCUGGCCAGUCUCGAUCCUGAACAAAGUAUAUACAUUCCAGUGUGGUUUCAUAAGGGUUUACUGCCUCCCCCACCACCUUCGCUUCCCCUCAUUGUCAUUGGUCCUGGAACUGGUUGUGCACCUUUUCGUGGAUUUGUGGAGGAAAGAGCUGUACAGAGUCAAUCUAGUACAAUUGCUCCAACUCUUCUCUUCUUUGGUUGCCGAAAUGAGAAUAAUGACUUUCUGUAUAGAGAUUUUUGGUUCUCCCAUUCAGAAAAUGACGGAGUGCUUUCUGAAGCCAAGGGUGGUGGGUUUUACGCUGCCUUCUCGAGAGACCAACCCCAGAAGGUUUAUGUCCAACAUAAAAUGCAGGAACAAAGUGAAAGGAUUUGGAAUUUGCUGUGUGAGGGAGCGGCCAUCUAUGUUGCAGGGUCUUCAACAAAAAUGCCAUCAGAUGUGAUGGUAGCCUUUGAGGAGAUUAUAUCUAAGGAAAGUGGGGCUCCGAGGGAAUCUGUGGUGAGAUGGCUGAGGUCCUUAGAAAAAGCUGGUAAAUAUCAUGUUGAAGCUUGGUCAUGAGACUGGGCGUUGUGAGUAAAGGGAUCAAAAUUGAAGGUACUGAGGCAAUUUAUGGAACCAUAUAAAAAGCAACGAUUUGAUUUAUCUUGCUGUUACUGUUCUGGAUUGUGGUAUGUUUAGGUGUGCAAAAUUUGUUGGUCGAGAACAGAAAAUCUCAAGAAAAGUACCAUUAUUGAGGUUUCCAGUUUGGAAUUCUUAGCUGUUGCCAUUUAAAUCUCUGGUUUUUAAGUAGACUUGAAUCCAAUAUAGUUGGUUCUGUAUCGGUUUUGGCGGUAUUGGUUGGUGCAAACUGUUCCAAUGCUAAAUCAUUGUUUCACAUAGGUGAAAAUUUCAGUCUAUAUUGAACGUAUUGGCUUGUCGGACGUCACAUUCAUCGCAUUGGUUGAUGUAUAAAUAAUGUUAAAA